CCGAGAUCGACAUGGGCGCGCCCGUGCCCGCCGACGCCGGCGACAGCAUGGACGUCGACCUGCCUGACCCCAACGACCCGGCGGUGAAGCGCAAGGGCCGCGGCUUCGGCGGCCGCGGCGAGGCGCACGACGGAGUGCGCGGCGGGACGUUUGAGAGCGUGGCGGCGCAGGGCACGGAGGAGCGGGCGGCGCGCUCGAUCGAGGGCUGGAUCAUUCUUGUCACCGGCGUGCACGAGGAGGCCACCGAGGAAGAGGUGACGGACAAGUUCGCCGACUUUGGCGAGAUCAAGAACAUCCAUCUCAACCUCGACCGGCGAACUGGCUACGUCAAGGGCUACGCGCUGCUCGAGUACGAGACGCAGUCCGAGGCGUCCAAGGCGAUCGCGGGCUGCGCCGCCGGCCUCACGCUCCUCGAGCAGCCGCUGCAGGCCGACUUUGCCUUCGUCCGCCCUCCCACGCGCGCGGCCAACGCCGGUGCGGCCACGGCCGGUGGCGCUGCCCCACGGGCGCCGCGGGCGCAGCUCGAGAGCCGCGACCAGCGCUCGGGCGGCAGUCUGGCGCAGCGCAUGAACGGUAGCGGAACCGCAGCUGCACCGUCAAGCGGCGCUGGUGGUCUCAGGGAGCGCAUGGCGCGCAGCCGGAGCCCGGAGCGGAGGUAGAGG